ACACGGAGCGGUGGCGGUGCGGGACGCUCCGCACCAUGGGCUGCGGCUGCGGGCGGCUGCUGGGCGUCGUGUGCCCGCUGCUGCUGCUGCUGCUGCUGCACGUCGGUGAGUGCCGAGGGGGGUGGGAUGCCGGAGCCGGGCUGCUGCUUUGGGGCUGCGAAAGGGGGCUCCUGUCCUCCCGUUUCUCCUUCCCGAGCCUAACCCCGCUGCCAGGGUGGAUGUGGAGGUGCGGGAACGGGGGAUCCCUAAGGCGGGGCAGCCGGAGCCGCACUUGUGCCUCUUCUCCAUCUCUUCUUCCUCUCUUUUUGCUCCUUUCUCUGCUCCUUUCUCCUCUUUUAUGUCUCUUACAGCAUCCCCCCAUCUCCCUCAGCCACUCAAAGCCAGAGCCGCACUUUUGCCUCUUCCCCAUCUCUUCCUCCUCUCUCUUUGCUCCUUUCUUUCCUCCUCUUCUCUUUCUCUCCUUUCUCCUACCUCUCUUAGAGCAUCCUCCCAUCUCCCUCAGCCACUCAAAGCCGGAGCUACACUUGUGCCUCUCUCCCCUUCCCCUUCCCCCCCCCCUUUCUCUCCUCCUGCCGUUCCAUCUCUCUUAGAGCAUCCCCCCACCUCUCUCAACCACUCAAAGCCUUUGCUUUUGUUUGCCGUGCCGUCGUUACAAAUUAAUCUGUGCUGUUUGGGGAUCAGAGGGCUGCACAGAUGGCUCUGGAGCGAUCCUAGCAGGCUGGGAGCGAGGGUCCACGCAGCAGACACUGUAAUUCCUGGGGCUGUGAAGGAACUCGGUCCCUCUCCAUGCACGGACGUGAGCCCCUCUGCGUGGGGUCCCCAGCAAGGGCUGCUUUGUUCUGUAGCACCACAGAAUCACAAAGCCGUCGCUCAGGAGCCCAUCAGCACGGCAGGGAAGUGCAACACCAUCUACAAGGGCUUCGCUGGCUGCCUCAUCAGCCUGGGGGACAGCAUGGCGCAGAGCGUGCGGCAGCAGCGGGACGAGGAGGAGGAGGAGGGUGGCCAGGAGGCGCAGGAGUUGGACACCAUCUGCAGGUCCUGGGAUGAGUUCCACGCCUGUGCCAGCGGGGUGCUGUCCCGCUGCCCCGAAGAGGCGGCCGCCAUCUGGGAGUCUCUGCGCCAGGAAUCCCGCAAGAUCCAGUUCCAGGGCAACCUGCAGGAGCUGUGCAGCGCUCGGGGCCGCCUGGCCAGCGCCCAGGGCUCGCCGCCCGCCGAGACCAACCAGGCCACGCUGCGGGGCUCAGCCCCCCCCGGUCACCCCGGCAUCCUGCCCCUGCUGGCCCUGGUGCUGCUGGGGGCCUGGGCGUAGUGCUGCCCUCAGCCAAGGACCCGCCGUGCGCUGCAGGAGGGGGGGGCGGCCUGGGGUCCCCGCUGACCUCAGUGCACGGGUCACAGGUUGAGCCCCAGCCCGGCCCCACAGCCCUCGCCCUCUCCUGGAACCCUUCAGAUGGAUUUAUAUUUAUAUUAAAAGAUGCUUUUACAUUU